AUGAAUAAUUUAAAACAAUUAGUUUUGUUAGGAAUUUUAUUACUCUCAAUUGUUAGUAAUACCUAUGCAAGUGUUGUAGUUUCUAAAGGUGGUGAUAUUCCAAAUAAGUUUAAACAAUCAUUAACAGAUAAAAAUAAAAAAGAUGUUAGUGAAGCAAAUUCUCAAAUUGAUUAUGCAAGCAUUUUUAAACUCAAACAAGGAACUAUUGGAAAUCAUGGUACCAUAAGAAUUGAUAUGCAAGGUGUUUUCACUCAAAAUGGUCAAAAAUGGCAUAACUUACAAGCUCAAGUAAAUGGUAUCUCUGGUUCAUCAACUGUUGCUCAUGUUAAUGUUUGUGAGAAUGUAAUGUCCUCUAAAACUAAUGAACAAAAAGAAGUUCAAAGAAAAGUUCGUAAUGCCAUGUUACAAAGUUUAAAUUCCGGUAAAACUUUUAAUGUUUACAGUGGAUAA